AUGGACAAUCUCCUACCGUUCCAAGCAUCCAUCCUCAAAGAGAUACACGACCCCGCAACAAGUGAACUCAUCGUCCUCGCCAGAGGCCUCGGGCUGAGACGUAUAUUAUGUACGCUUAUGAAGAUAUACGACUCUCCAAGGUCCCUCGUCCUUCUCGUGAACGCGUCACCCGAGGAAGAAUCCGCUAUCGGCGAGCUGUUGGGCAUAAUGGGCUGCCGCAAUCCUGGUCUGCGAAUCGUGGGAUAUGAGAUGGGGAAACGGGACAGACAGGAUCUGUACAGGAAGGGCGGUCUCAUAUCCGUCACCUCGCGUAUCCUCGUCGUCGACAUGCUCCAGUCGGAUAUACCUACCGAGCUCAUCACUGGAAUUGUCAUGGUUCAUGGUGAGAAAGUAACGAAUCUCUCCCUUGAAGCGUUUAUUGUACGGUUGUACCGCGAGAAGAAUACGUCUGGCUUCCUCAAAGCCUUCUCAGAUCAGCCUGAACAUAUUACCAGUGGCAUGUCUCCCCUUCGGAGUAUCAUGAAAGAAAUGCAGCUGCGCAAAGUGCACAUAUACCCGCGGUACCACGAAGAGAUCAAGGAGAACCUCGACCAGCGCCGUCCAGACCUUAUUGAGCUCGCAACCGACCUCACCGAACCGAUGAAAGACAUCCAUUCCGCUAUCGUUCAGUGUAUGAUUACGACGCUCGCUGAGCUGAAACGCUCUCACUCCACUCUGGAUCUCGACGACGUGAACAUUGACAACGCUCACUUUCGCUGGUUCGAUGCCAUAGUCCGACGACAGCUUGACCCCGUUUGGCACAAGGUCGGCCCGAAGACCAAGCAGCUCGUCGGAGACCUUGCUACUCUCCGCCGUCUCCUCUCGUAUCUGGUAACCUACGAUGCCCUCGCCUUCCACGCCUACCUCGAAACCCUCGUUCUUUCCAAUACCACCAACGCAUCCGGCAACGCAAGACAGAAUCAAAGUCCCUGGAUGCUCACCGACGCCGCGAACAUCAUCUUCAAGACGGCCAAGCGGCGAUGCUAUGUCCUGACCAGCAAGCACACGCUGGCCUCCCAGCCCGAGGUGAUCGACGUGGAUGACGAAGACGCAUGGGCUGCGCUAGAUGAAGCUGAGGGUUUUACUCCACAGAUUGGCACGACGAAUGGCCGAGGGACAGAGCCGAAGCGACCGCGGUGGUUGCCAGACGGGAUAGACCCUGUCCUCGAGGAGCUGCCCAAGUGGACUGUCCUCGCUGACAUUCUUCAAGAGAUUGAAGAGGAGAUCAUCAGGCAAGAAACACUCACGAAUUUCAAGCCGCCGACGAUAGGCUCAAACACUGUGCUCAUCAUGACGUCCUCUGCACGCUCCGCAGAGUUGAUAUCUGAGUUCCUCUCCGACAUGGACGCUUCGGCUCCACGAGGGAGGAUGGGCAAGAAAAUGAUGGAGCGUAAGCUCCGCCGGUACCUCUGGUGGAAGGGCAGACUUGCGGCUGAUAAGCGCGGUUCGUCCUCUUUGGAGAACACCUCGUCGCAACCUCAGGGCAGAAAACAAGAUAAUGGAAGUGGGCAGGUGAGCGAGGCGCUCGCGAGGAAGGAUAAGUCAAAGGCGGACCGGAGUGCAAACAGGCGGAGGCUACGCGGCGGUGCGCCCACAGUCGCCCCUACGCGUACAGAGGCGACUAGAACAGGUACAACUGGGACGGGAGACGACGCAGAUACAAUCGCCGCUUUCAUGGCCACUCAAACAGGCACCGCCGACGCCGACGCGGGGGCCGACAUCGACCAAGACCUUCUCAUGGCACAAAUGCUUUCGCAGCUGGACACCGAAUACGACGACGUCUUCGGGCUCGUCGCUCCGGAACAAACCGUGCUCGUGCGCACAUAUGCCGAUGACGGCGACGAGCAGGUCCUCGCCGAGCUACAGCCACGUUUCUUCAUCAUGUACGAGCCUUCAACGGACUUCCUGCGCCAGAUCGAGGUGUACAGGAACAGCAACCCUGGCUUGGGCGUGCGGGCGUACAUCAUGACGUAUCACAAUAGUACGGAGGAGCAGAAGUAUCUUACCGCUCAGAGGAGGGAGAAGGAGGCAUUCGAGAGGUUGAUCAGGGAAAGAGGGUCGAUGCUGCUUCCGAUAUAUGAGAGCAGGCAGCCUGUGGGUAAAGGCCAUGCAAUGAUCAAGACCAUUAGUUCUCGUGCGGCGGGCGGACGAACCGAACUUAGUACUGCCCCAUCUCAGGUGAUUGUCGACAUGCGAGAGUUCAGGUCAACUCUGCCAUCCCUAUUACAUGCGGCUGGUCAGCUUGUCGUCCCCGCGACGCUCACGGUUGGCGAUUAUAUCCUAACACCCGAUAUAUGCGUGGAGAGAAAGAGCAUACCGGACUUAGUGCAAUCGUUUAAUUCCGGGCGUCUGUACACCCAAUGCGAGCUCAUGUCCGUACACUACAAGCAGCCCAUCCUUCUCAUCGAGUUCGAGGAGAACAAGUCCUUCUCCCUCGAAGCCAUCUCCGAAACCACCAAAACCUACGCCAAGCCCUCCGGCAAGUACCCGACCAAGAAGCCCGCCGCCGGCGCGAGCUCCGCCGCAGCGGACGCGGGCGACCCGCGCGUCGGCCCCACUAUCCAAUCGAAGCUCGUGCUGCUCACGCUCCACUUCCCACGCGUGCGCAUCAUCUGGUCCUCCUCGCCGUUCGCUACCGCGGACAUCUUCGCGGACCUCAAGAUGAAUCUUCCCGAGCCGGACCCGUCGAAAGCCAUUUUGGUCGGCGCGGAGGACCAGGGCGCUUCGGGGUCGCAGGGAGGCCAGGGCGACGGGGUCAACGCCGCUGCGGAGGAGCUGCUGCAGUGCCUGCCUGGGAUUAAUGCAAAGAACGUGCAGUAUGUGAUGGGACGCGUGGGCAGCGUGCGGGAGCUGUGUGAUAUGGACAGGAAGGAUGUGCAGACGUUGUUGGGCGUUGAACCGGGGAACGCGUGUUACGAUUUCAUGCAUCGCGGGGAGAGGAAGAAGAAGGCGGUGAGCUGAGUUGGACGUCGCAAAGACUUUGGGAUAUCUCAGUUUUCGUAUCUAUACAUUACAGUAUGACCCACAGUAUGACCGGUUUAAGUUUGUGUGUGUUCAAGACUACAGAAAUUCACCAUCGU